AUUUUGUGUGUGCUCUCUCUGCUCCUCCCUCACUCCGUUGGGAAAGAAGAAAAUAAACCUAUUGCUGCUAACCAGGCUAGUUAGGGAACCAACCCCUAAUACUCCUUUUGCCCUCUGUGACUGGUCAAGAGUUUCUCUCCCUGCAUGCAGGGUUUCUAACUUAACUGGGAGAAAAGCACGGGCACCGUUAGGAUUUUGGGGCCGUCUCUUUUUAAAAAGUCAGGAGAGAAUUUCAUUAGCUAGCCCAUCUGCGAGCUAGCUAACUGGGCUAACCGAAGCCUAGCAAAGGAGCACUGGAUGAAGUUCGCAUGGACAGACUGCUGCGACUGGGAGAGCAGCCUGCUGUCUGACUGGAAGCUGUCUACUGGGUUGGGUCAUUCACAUGGGAGUCUUUUGUUACUUCAUGCACACUGUCGCCUCGGAGCUUGAAGGCGAUAACUGUGUGCAAAUGUUGUUUUUGUGGCGUCCAUCGCGUUAUUGAUUUGGGAGUCCACUGGCAAGCUAACAGGAUACUAGCCACCUUUCUCUCCUCUGCUUUGUGGUUGCAGGCCAUGGAUUGAAAAGCAUUCAUCACUGAGUGAGUGAUGAGAAGGCAGGGUUGAUGGCAGCUAAUUAUUUAUUGGGAAACAGCAAUUGGAUACAGCUAAACAGACAAAAGAAGCGCUUGAUUUGAACAUUGUCCCCGAACACUUCAACUCCUGUUUGGUCUUUUUAUUUUUUACUUGAAAAUGCAUCGGAGUGCUGGAGCUUUUUCGAAGUUGGGAUAACGUUAGUGGAUAGAUAACGUUACGCACAGGAAAACAGCGGGAGAACAACGCCACUGUAGUCCUCCCAGAGAAAUUAUAGCAGUGUGUUUUUAAAAAGAGGUGAAAUAUAAUGUCUGCCGCAAAAGAAAACCCUUGUAGGAAAUUCCAGGCGAACUUCUUCAACAAAAGUAAAUGUCAGAACUGCUUCAAACCACGAGAGUUACAUCUACUGACGGACCAGGACUUAACCCAGGCUAAACCUAUUUAUGGCGGAUGGCUGUGCUUGGCGCCCGAGGGAACGGACUUUGACAAUCCUAUGCAGAGAUCCCGGAAAUGGCAACGGAGAUUUUUUGUGCUGUACGAACAUGGCUGCCUGCGCUUUGCCCUGGACGAAUCGGGAAAAGGUCUGAAAACUAAAGGAAGGCUGGGAAGUCGCCUCUUGGUGCCCUGUAAGCCUGUGUUUGUGGCGGUAGUGUGUCGCCAGGGGAAUGUGACACGGGUGACCAAACCCAUGCUGGCUGAUCAGACUGCAGAUUAG